AUGUUUGUUCAAGCAGAUCCUUCAAAUUUCCGUAACAUCGUCCAAAAACUCACCGGAGCACCACCUGAUCUCUCUUCCUCCUCCUCCGCCGCACAACAGAAGCUUCCUUUAACUCCAAAGAAACAACCUUUCAAGCUCCACGAACGCCGUCAAUCGACCAAGAAAAUGGAGCUUAAGCUCAACAACAUCACAAACCCUAACGAAUCUUUCAGCCAUUUCCACCGAGGAUUCCUAGUCUCUCCGGUCUCUCACCUUGACCCAUUCUGGACGCGCGUGAGUCCACAUUCAGCGCGUGAAGAUCACCACGCGCCACCGGACAAGGAGGAGCAAAAAGCCAUAGCCGAAAAAGGCUUCUACUUCCUCCCGAGUCCGAGAAGUAACGCCGAGCCAGCACCGGAGCUUUUGCCUUUGUUUCCUCUUCGUUCACCAAACGGCACUAAUCUCCGGAUUGAAGAUGAUUAUCGUGACUCUUAA